AUGCAAAGUGUAACGGUAUUUCGAAUUUCAGGACAUGGUGAAAGUAAUGUUGAUUCCCUCAAGGACCUUUGCAUUCAAUUCAUUGUGAGAAAUUUCAACACCUUAGUGACAAGGUGCUCGGAUGGUGAAAAUACGAAAUAUGUUUGGCGUUUCUACCACUCACUUCAUUCAUCCGAUGAAGCAUUUUUAGUCGGCCUUAUCAUGUUUCACCUGGUUGAAGCUGGAGUGUUGAAAUGUGAGCACUUGGGCCUCUUUUCCAAGGAAUAUGUCAAUUUAUACGCCGUCCGUCUUCGUAACAUGCAUUUGACUCCAGAAUCUCUCUCCUUCCUUCGUGGACAUAGUCUCGUCUCGUUAUCGGCAGCAGAUAUUACCGGUGUAGAUGGACUAAAUCUAGUGCUCAGCCUCGAUGAAACAAAUUUGGCCCAUCUUAAAAAGUUAUGUUUGACAGGCACAACGGUGCCGCAUGCGGUGAUUCUACCAUUGAUAACUGCCUUGGGGAACUUGAAAGCGUUGCUAAACCUUGAACUCAGUGGAAUGGAUUUGAAUUCUGAACACCUCCGUGAGUUGGUGCUAACUUUACCACGAUUGGAAAGCCUCGACAUCUCCUUGACGAUGGUCAGCAACAUCGAGUUCUUGAGUGACUUGAAGGAUAGUCUGAGAGAGCUGAAGAUGCAUUCCCUUAGGGUCCCACAAGGAAGGUGUUUCGAACACAUUCUGUCGACGAUUUUGAAGUUGCAAAAUCUCCGCAUCCUUGAUGUAUCGUACUACUUGAAGGGUGGAGAUGUGCGUUGCCAGAGCGUCGAUCGUUUGUGUGAACCUGGAGUUUUGCCGCAUUUAGUGCAAUUGGAUAUGGGUGGCAACCCAUUCGGCUUGACUGUCGAGGAUGUCAAGAUUUGGGACGCCAAGUUAUGGGAACCAUUUUACGAAAAUGCAGAGAGCAUCAUUGACUUUUGUUCUAUACGAGAUGACAACUGCUUCUCUCUAUCUCUCUCUUUCAGAAAAUUGAUCGAGAACCAUUCGGAACUCAAUUUUCUCGGUCUGGCGUCUUGGACACCACCUGACGAUUUGUCUUAUUUCGAUCGACUGCGUGCCCAGUAUCCCACCGUUACCGUUCUCGGUGGUAAUAGUGCGGAGCAAAUGAUAAAGGCUAUUAAAGAGUAUUCGGGAAAUAGCCCUCAUCUCCUCCACACCUUCGAGCGUAUAGAGAAUUUUGUAAAUAGCGAUGCCUCUUACAUGACAUCGAAUUUGUUGAAGCAUGUAAUCAGGGCAGUCAUGAUGAACGUAUCGCGGUGUUCUAUCCUAACCCGUGGUCUUAGGAUACUUCACAAUUGUGCAGUGCGACACGUGACAGAAGAUGAUUACUCGAGAUUGCUAAUCCAAAAGAUUGUAGAUAUUAGCUUUAUUGUAGCGGAAAUGUACCAUGGAGAGAAGGUUGCCAAUGACGCCGCUGCCACAAUCGAAAUUCUAAUGCAACUCCAUAGAUACGACAUUGACAGCAAACAAUUCUAUGAAAUGGUACUGCAAAAUGCGAUCUCUGCAGGUUGUCUUAGAGAGAAAGAUAAAGCAAUUACUAGACUGCUUUAUUAUCUGGUGACGAUGCCUCUCGCCGAUUUGGAUGAAAUUAGCACCAAUGAAAGAUUGCUGAAGUUUCUAAUCUGGUGUUCAGCUGUGGUCUCUUUGGAGAAAUCACAGGUGGAAGAGAUUCAAGCCAGACUCAAUGACCACGAUUUGUCCUAUCUCGUUACCGAUUUUCCCCGUUUUCCUCCAGCCUAUAACCCUUGUAUUGUGCCAGCAAUACGGCGGUUAGUCACCUCAAGACCACGCGUUUGUAGAAUGUUUGCGAACUUGGGUGGUGUGGAAGUGUUGGAGGAAAUGUCCAAGGUCGACAUGAGUCCGUUUGUUAUAACGACGGAAAUUGCUGCAACGGUGGAAGCUGUCCAAAACGGUUUGGAGGAGAGUGCCAAUGAACAGCCCAAUUCAAUUUAA